AUGUCGUCCGAGGCCGCAGCGACGAUGGCAGACCCGUCAGGAAGAGAAGGGGAUGGCCAAGAGGGCGGCGGCGGCACCCUGGCGGCGGUUCCUCUGGGGAAGGAUGGUCUUCCGCUCCUCACGCACGAGGGAGAGGGGGAGGAGGAGGAAUCGGACGAGGACGAUUUGUGGGACGUCGACGGGGACAUGACGGCGGAACAGGUCACAGCCGCGCUCGCGGAGGAGAAACGUAGAAAGAAGGCCAAAGCCAAGGCUGCGAAGGAAAAGGCUGCCCACGACCUCUGCUUGUCAAAUCUUCGAGGCGACAGCAGGCUAGCCUGGAAGGAAGACAUUGCUGCCAGGAAAGCGGCAAGAGAUCCACGGAGACGGUUUGCGAGAAUGAAGAACACGGUAAAAGCAUUCGCGGCACAUGAAUGGCAACUCGUCAAGCAUGACAUCGAAGAGUUCGUCACACCGGUGUGGGUCAACCAGGAGAGACAAAGGGCGGAAUACCUCGGUCGAGUCGCGCGCGCCGAGCGCAGGAUGGGGCGGAUUUAUGCCGACCUGGCAUCAGUGCGAGCAAAACAAAAGAAGGCAAAGAAAGCGGAGGCUAUGUCAUGGAAGAAACGAAAGCAGGAGAUAAAGGAUCUCCAGGUCAAGGAUAGGUUUCUCGGCACUCUCGUUGAGACGGACGUCACUGAAAAGAGGGAGCAGAAACUGGCCCAUUUCAAGCAAAGGGUGCAGCUCGAAAUCAAGGAUCGUAAGGAGAAGGAGGAGGAGCGCCUGGCCGCACACAAGAAGAAGCGCUCCGAUGAAAAAUAUGCUCGACGUGCAACACUUCUGAGCUUUUGGGGAAAGGCUCAGCAUGAACUGAGAGACGAAGCCCAUGCCCGAAGCGUGGCACGUGAAAAAACUGUCCAAGACCAGGUACGGGGGGCUGCCGAUGCCCUACGUUCCGAAGACGCUCUUCGCAAAACGGCACGGCAUGAGGACCAGACUGCGGGACCUUGGGGCUUCGAAAAGGUACGAACAGAUCACGACGAGGGCGCUACUGACGGGGAAUCGAAGACGAGAACGGCAUUUCAAGCAUCAGGACCUGUAGGCGGUGGUGUUGGAGUAGUAGAUAGCGGGGGGGAAGGGGAGGGGGGUGCUGAGGGUGUCGAUGGUGGAGAUUACAGCGGGGAGAGCAGAAGGAGGCCGGUCCUUCGGCAAGGAAUGGCAGGAGUGCGAGACGGAAUGGGCUUGUUCGAACUCAGCGAUGGGGACAGGCAAGUCCACGGCCGUAACAAGAAAGGAAAGAUCGACGGCUUGGACGACUCAGAAGUGGAGCUGUUUCAGCCGCUUCAGCAUGCGGCCCAUGAAGAGAGGUGGACAAAACUAAGCGAACUGGAGGCUGAAGCAGGGCGUACGGAGGCCUUGUACACUGCCGUGACUGAGGAGGGUAGAGUAGCCGAGGAGGAGAGCUCGUCCCUCACGGCCGUGAGGGCGAGGCUUGAGCGGGAAAUGACCCAGAUAGACGAAGAGCACUCGGCGAUGUUGUUGGUUCAGCGCCUGGCCAACAGAGACCUGACGUCGGCGGAGGUAGAGGCCAUGCAUCUGAGAAAAACGAGAAGAGCAAGUAUCAGGAACAAUCUGAGGGAAGCUCACGAGAGGUACAUCAAGUCCGCUGCAACGCGCAAAGCCACGGAAGCACAGGGGUUGAAACUGGCUCGACAGCUGGCGGUGAUCAGAGAGCGCGCCAGGACCUGCCGUGAAGCUCUUGAGGUGGUCUCGGAGAACCGAGGACGCGGCUCGCUACCGGUUAUCGUGGGCCGGUCCCUUCCUCGUGCCAUUGCAGCGGCAAAAUUAGGUGUGGAUGCAGCCGGCAUCCGUGGACCAGCCUUCGAGAUGCCGACCACGGCAGGCGGCAGCUUCGGGGCCGAAACGACAUCCGACGAAAUCGGCAGCAGUUCUGUGACAGCAAAAAAGAAGCGAGGUGCUCAGGAAGGGCCAGGCGGGGAGAGCCGUGGGGUGACGUUCGAGGACAUGGUCGCGGGAAACCCUCGGCGUGCGAUGGAAGAGCUAAGCCUGAGGGCUAAGCUUGAGGUGGUGAGGGGGGAAGUGGAUGCGACUUUGAAGAUGCACGCCACCAUGGCGAAGGGCGAACGGAAAUCCUGGCUCAAGCAGAUUCAGUUGCAGAACGAGGAGAACGCCUAUGAGGCUUUUCUGACUCGGCUAGCUCGAGCGACGGAGCGGCUAAAACUAGUGGACGGGGAGAAUGCCCGAGAGUCGCUCUCUACUGCAAUCCAACUCUUCAGCGCUGGCGGGGCAAAGGCACUACUGGAACCGCCCGUUAUCAAACACGAGGGCCUUGUACCAUGGUGGCGCUACCGCGACAAGAAGGAGUCCGUUGGGAUUGAAUCCUGGCGUCCACCCGACAUAGAAGACGCGCCGCCACGGUCAGCUAAGGAUGAAGAGUUGCUUCGCGAAAGUCGAGCAAUGGUAUCACCGCAGUCAUCAGGAAUGGAUAACGGCGGCGAUGGUAAUAAGAAGGAGGGGCAAGUAGAGGACAUCGGAGGGGAUGGUGCGGGCGAGGAGGGCCGCGACAGGGCCGCAGCAGUGGACAACCGAGAUGAAGCCAGUGGAAUUAGCCUUGGGCCUGUGGCUCAUGGCCAUCUCGUUGGGGUCAUGCCAAUGCCCAUCAAUGGUCUCUGGACCGUACGGUUCGCUGUCACGAGGCGAAUGCCGGAAGACACCGCCGGCGAGCCCGUGUUCCUCCCGCGAAGUGAUGGCGACCAUGGCGCUGGCGGUGACGGGAACAAUGCCGAGGAGUUUACUCAUGACUCCACCGACUGGGUUUCUGUUAAGAUGGGGCCGAACAUCGCGACCCUUCACCAUGUGGCCGACGUUAAGAACGUGGUCAACGAGGACUUGGGAGAGGUUCGGUACGAGAUGAGCCACCACUUCCGCGGCUCUACUCUGGCCUACCGCUUCGAUUUCUCGUCAUCAUGCCUCUUGCCUGAGGCUCACAUGUCGGUGGAGCCCGGGAUUUUCGCAACGUUCGAGAUGGCGCCGCUUGAGUGGGUAGGCAAUCGUGCGAUCAGCUCGUACGUGAAAGAAGUGCGGCUGGAUCUGAAGAGCGCCGAGGCGUCCACUGUCCGUCUCCUGGAGGACAUGAUAAUGGCGGAGACAGCAGAGGGCGAUAUCUGGGACUCGAGCGUUUUGCACGCCACCCUCCAGCGCUAUCCCCGCAAGGAGUAUUGUCGCCUCGUGAGGGAAACCCUUGAGGCGAUGCGCAUCAGGGAAGCGCAGUCCAAGCGCGACCAAGCGCGCCUCGAUGACAUCUAUGCUAAGAUGGUUGGUGGCGAUGUCCGUGGCAACAAAACGAUAAGAGCACACGGAGCUACGGCUAGCUCAGCGAAAGGGCACAAAGCGUUGGACGCCGCUGAGGUGGAGAAGCAAAUUCAUCGUCUUCCCCCGGACGAGAGAAGGCUGAUACGGUCUAUGAAAAGCAAAGAUGGUUAUCUCAAGCGCAAGCGGGAUGCACAGCAACACCGCAUCGCAGAAGCGGAGGCGAUGGUCGGCAGGAAGAUAGAGAUUUUCGACGGCGCGGCCAACGUUUGGCGAACGGUUGUCAUAGCCUCGGUCUGCGUCCGCUGGGUGGAUCUUGGCACGAAGCUGGUGCUGAGACACGUCGUUCGUGUUCUCGGCGCCGAAGAAGACGAGCCUGACAACAACAGAACCGAAAGCGAAAACGAAACUCGAGGACAAGGAAACAAUCAGGUGGAGGGGCGCCGAAAAAGUGAUGGUGGUGACGGUGAUCGUAAGGGAGAAGGCGGGAGUAGAGGGGGCGGUCGCGACAACAGUGUGGCGCCGAGAUCGAGGGCGGCGACCGCGGAGGUAGAUCUGAACGAGGUGCGCUGGGCGGAGUACACCGGCAGACCGAAGGAACGAAAGCCGAGCAGAUCCAACGCCGCAAAGCUAGCAGAAUUCAAAGUCUCCGGCAGCGAUGCCGUGUUACAAAAGACGGAGAAGGCCCUGUUAGCGCUACAACACGAGCUGGGCGAAGAGGUUCAGGCGUUGAAGAAGCGGAGAGACAUCGAAGACACAGCCGUCAGCAUGGCGAAAGACGUUGAAACGAGCAAGGUUAAGGUGCACAGUACAGCCGAGGCCACAAUCCUGUCAAGAUCCCAAAAAAAAAACAAGGCAGAAAUUCAGACCCUAGCGAGGUCGCUGCGGAAUGACUGGAAGCUCGGGAUUGGCGCACCACCGUCCGGGAAGCGAGCGACGGCAGGAGUGGCGCUGUCCGAGGCUAGGAGAAAGUGGGUGAAUGAUCAAAUCGCCACUGCGGUCGGCCGGUCGGAGCAACAGUUCAAGUUCCUCGCGGCCGAGACGGCAGCGAGGAGGCGCAAAGAGGACGAACGGCUGCAGAGCGUGUUUCGAGAGAAGACGGUGGCGUUGGAGACUGCGCGUGACGCCGAGCUGGCUAGGCUGAAACGUCUGGCGAAGAUCGAGAGGGACCGGCUCAUCAAGGAAGAACUCAGUAUUCCCAACUUUGGCAGAGCGCUGCAAGCGAACAUCGGGUGUUCGCACACCCGCACCAAGGCGUGGGGCGACAAAUAUGGAUCGGGUCUGCGAUGCCGCGACUGCGGGAUGGAGGCGACCAGAAUGCACAAGGACGUUCGGCAAGCCAAGGGGAUCGGAUUCGGGGAGGAUCCGGCCCUUGUGGAAGCAGUGGAGCGACAUCGUGCCAACGAAGGCGGGUUUCGGUUCGAGACAUCUGCUCAACUCAAGGCGGUGGAGGACGAGCGCAUUCGUCUGGAGAAGGAACGACGAGUAUGCUUUGCGGAGUACGACCACAUGUUCUACGACCUUGACGACCCGGAGAUGAUGUACGAGCUAGACAGGAGGCACCGCCACUGGCUCAAGGAGAAGGGCGUCAUCCGGCAGGGAGUGUUGUGGAGGAAGGAGGAACUGCUCGAGUGGUUCGACAAUCGCGUCGCAGAGGGGGACACGGAGGCUACGGAGAUGAAGGGAGUCAUGAUCGCGUGGUACGACAACGCUACGAGGAAGGAAGCUGACCGGCGGCAUCGCCAUUGGCAGGACGUGCUCGAGGAGGUCAAGAGGGACCUCACCUACGCGGAAAUGAGACUGGCGGGGCAGGGCUUUUUGGUGGCAACCGCAAACGCCAAGCUGAGGGACGCCACUGACCAACUGCGGGACGUGCUCCUCCACAGGCUGAGGAGCGAGGCCAGGAUCGAAGCGAUGGAGAAACGCCUCGCGGUAGUGAAAGAAAACCGUCACAAGUACGCCGAAGAUCAUGCUCGGCUGACGCACGAGAUAGAACUUUUCUACUACACCAAGAGGGACAGCCAGGUGGUGACACCCAUCGGCUGGGCCACCGUGAACAGCUACCGCGAGGAGGACCAGAUGCUCAUCGUCACGCUCCCAUUCUGCCGGCCGUCGGCACGAAUGUGGAUCCCUGUCGAGAAGGUGUGGCAAAUGGAUCGCGCCGGACAGCAAGCGGAGAGCGUAGGUAUGGAGGCCGAGGACAUUCAUUGCCGCCUGCUCUACCGUACUGAGCGGGUCACCAUGACUCGCGAGCGCGGGAAUGUGCUCACCGAGGAACUAAAGACCCGGGAGAUGAUGCGUGAGGAGGCCGAGAUCGCAGACGAGAAACGCCUCGCCGCGAAGAUGGUCGCUCAGGCUAAAGUCACUGGGCCCCGGCUGGCGACAAUGAGCGCCAUCUCAGAACAUCGGAACCGAUGGGUCGCCUACAAGGUGCAAAAGGCCGUCGAGCAGAGAGAGAAGGACAUCGCAAAGUGGAACGCGAAGACCAAGGGCGGCGACGACGAAGACUCCCUCGAGUCCAACCCAAAGCCUCGCAAGAUGCUCGAGCUUCGUGCCAAGGACCGAGCAGAAGCGACCAUUCUGGAUCACAUUAUCGGGACGUAUUUGUCGGAGUUUGUCAAGGACGUUGCACAGGAGACUCUGAGGGCUGGUCUGCAAGCGAAAAGAAGGGCGGAAGAUGAGACGGGGCUUGUGUUUCCGGACCCGAGCCACAUGCAGUAUGGCGUGUACAGUACAUUCCGCUCGUGGUGGGUGGGCCGUAAGGAAGAGCUGGAACGCAGCGUGGAAAAAUGGAGCAUUGUCAUAGCAAAGAAUCGCGAGAAGUGGGAGAGGGAGCACGCCAGAGUGACAGAGGCGCAACAAAGCUUGCUAGAGCGCGGUCUAAAGGAGGAAGCCAGGUCAAGGAUAGCAAAGACGUGCGCCGAGAUGGCCAAGGAGGAAAGGGCAACGAAGGCCUUCAACUCCUGGGAGCUGGUCAUGAUGCUGCGAGAGAAGAGAAGGAUGAUGGACGAAGAGAUGGAGACCAGGCGGUAUAUGAGAGCAUUGGAGAUGCAAAGACGAGAAGAGGAGCGGCAGAGCAAGCUCAAGACGGCGGCGGAGGCGAAGGAAGAGCGGCAGAGGAAAUGGCUCACCAUGACGGAGGAGGAAAAAGAAGUGUUUGUUGAGGAAGAGAAGGUCGCCAAGAAGCAAGAGUGGAUCAAGAAGCAGGCGGUGUUGCUGGGACUUGCGCCUGCCGACGAUGGAGACGGCGCUGAGGGUGGUAUCGGCGACGACAAAACCUACGCGUCCGCCGCAAGCAGUCGCGAGAGAAGGCGGCUGUCGAUCAAGGCGGCCAAAGUCCGCAGGAGGAAGCAGGAGAUUGAGAUCACGGCCAUGGAAGCCGAGGACGAGCGCAGCAAGCUUGAGAACCGGGCUUACCGGGAGAUGCUUGAGGUGAGGCUUCAGCGGCAGAUCGAGAUGGCUAGGAGGGCAGCGGCUAUGAAGCGCCAGAUGGCCGCCGAGGUUUCUGCCGCCGGAGGUGGCCAAGCUGCAGCGUCGAUCGUAAACUCAAUGGACAGUGGUAGCGGCGGCGGCGGCGGCAGCGGGGGCGGGGGCGGGGGCGAUGGAGAUGGGGACGGAAGCAAAAUAGAAGCCGGCAGCAUAGGCGUCGGAGGAGAGGAAGGGGGCGGCUUUCUUGGUGGUGGCGGCAGCGAAGACACCGGCGGUAGUUUCAACUUGUUCGAUGACGACUACGCUAGCAGCUCUGAGUCGGAGCUCGGGGAGGAAGAUCGAGCUUUCGCCGAGGACAUGGGACUGCCGACGGGCGACGUCGACCUCGAAGACUCAGACCACUCUUCGGAUGAUGAAGAGGGCGGAGGAAAGGCGGCGAAGAAAGCGGCCAAGGCCAAGGCGGAUGCGGCCGCCGCCGCUGCAGCUAAAGCUGCGGAGACCAACUGGCUAGGCGGAGGGGGUGGCCGUUGGGGAGGUGGCGGGGGCGGCGGCAACAAGCAGGCGAAAGAGGCUGAAGAGGAAACCGCCAACAACGGUAACGAACCCACCAAUAAUGUUGAGGCUGUUACGCCUCCUGGGUCUCCGGCUGCAGAGUUAGGUAUUGGUGGUGUGGAAGGGGGGGAAGACGGGAGAAGUCCUGUGGUCGCCCCGCUAGAGGAGGAGGGGGCGGCGCCCCUGGCAGAGAGGGCAGGGUCGGUGAUGCUGGCACGAAACGGAGUACAGAAUGGAAAGGAGCACGACAAGAACCACGACGGAAAAGGAGAAAUUGGCGGGACGUUCGGACGUGCUGCAUCUCCCGCCGUCUGUUCCCGCCCUUCAACCCCUUCCACAAACGAGAACUCGAUGGACGAAUGGGACGACGCCGAGGACAGGGGCGAGGGCAACAUUGACAGUCGUGGUAGGCCAAUAACGGCAGGGGAGCGAGCGAAAGACAAGCGCCGACGCGGCAAUGGCCAAGGUGGGAAGGAUUUCGGCAACGAAAGGGCUUCUUCAGCCCCUCCUCUUCGCCUUCCAGGUAGCCGCGAAGGAAAUAGUAGGGGCGGUCGCGGUAAUGGAGGCCGCAAUGCGGCAGAAGGGGCGAGGGGGGGUCUCGGGGGGCGACGGCGUAUGCUAUCUGACGACGAGGAGGACAGCACAAGCACGGAGGAAGAGACCAGCAGCGACGAGGAUCGUGGCGGGCACGGGCGACAUGUGGCGACCAGGAAACGAAAGCCGGUCGAUGGCGGCAGUGCUACCAAGAAAAAAAAGGCCAAGAAGAAUGGCAAGAAGACAGCAGUUGCUGCAACCCUGGCUUUGGCGGAGGCGGAAUCUCUCGAGGAAGAGAACCCGGAACUAGCACAAAUGGUCCAGCAGAAAAAGGUGAUCGACCGGCGCAUGAAGCACAGGCUCGGAAGACAGAGACAGCGCGUGAUCAAGCGGCUGCGCAGGGCGAAGGAAGUUCGCGAGGCUGAGGACAAGAAAAUUGCCAUGAGGCUAGAGCAGGCGAAUCAGAUGGCCCAGCUUGCAGACGCCAAGGCGGAAUUGGCGUGGCUUGAUGCGGAAGGAGAGUCGAGGAGGCUGGAAAAGCGGCUUGUCGGGGAGAGGGAGGGGCUGCGAAAACUUCGGUUAUUCUGUCAGACCAAGGCUCGGGAAGAGAUCGCUUGCAAAGAGGAAUCGGUGUUGAGAACAAACGAGGCGAGAAAGCGGCAGGCCGCGCGCGACGAUGCCUUUACAUGGCACGCCAGGUGCAAGGAGCAGGAGCACCGCACCUUGAAGUGGAAAAUCAGAGUACUGAAGGACACAAAGUUCUUCAACGGGAGGGUCAUCACCGGCCAGUACCAAAGGGCCGAGCUCAUCGGGGCAGAACGGCGCAUGAUGAAGAUCCACGACCGACUGGUGAGAACGUCACAAGAGAUAACCAAGAAGGAGACGUUGGUGUCCAACCUGUGGAAGAAACAGCGGAGGCGCGAGCUUAUCUAUCUCAGGCGGUCGGAGCUGGGAAAAAGAAUAUUUGGGAAGUCGCAGAAGAAGUAUCUCCGGAAGGUGUUCGAAGCUUGGACAGGCUUCCACAUGUGGCUGCGAAGCAUGCGAGAGGCCUUCCAGCUAAAGUACGGCGUCCUCAAGCAGGAAUUGGACCUGAACCGUGUGUACGAGGAGAUCGACGCCGGAUCGCAGCGGUCGCGAAACACACGACCCCUCUGCGAGAAGACUGGAGCCCUCCCAGUGACGAGAAAGAGCCUGUUUCAUCGUUUCAAGGAGCGUCCGAUUCGAUGUCGGAACUGCAAGGAGCUUUACCUUGAGGCUCAGAACCACGACCUUUGCUGCGCCUACCACCCGGGGGAGUACAAAAGGGCUUGCCCUCGCAGCUGUCCUGGGCUCACGGAAAAGUGCAUGAGCCACAGGGUGAUGCGGUGGACAUGCUGCGACAAGAACGAUCCAGGAUCAUGGGGGUCAUCCGGGUGUAAGACUCGCUGCCAUUUCCCGCCGUUCGAUGGCCACCCGAAAUUCGUCGAUAUUGUUCGAAAGGGAGCUGGCGAAGAUAGAGGGGCGCUCGCUGCGUUGGACAGGGAACUUCACGAACUUAGCUCGAUGGACAUGCGACAAGCGGCGUUGCAGAUGAAGCAGCAGCAGCUGGCAGACAUCGCUGGCGAGCUUCAAAAAGAACGGGACAUCGUAGCGCGCUACAAAGACAUCAAAUUUGUAUGA